GUGUAAUUUGUAUGACCAUAGUUGAUGGAGCGUGGUCAGGAUGGAGUGAAUGGACAGAGUGUUCAUUGUCUUGUGGAAUAGGAAAGACUGAAAGAAAUAGAACAUGUACUGAUCCGAAGCCAAAAAAUGGAGGAACUAGUUGCACCGGAAGUGACGACGAAGUGAAAGUUUGUAACAUCAUUUCCUGUCCAAUUGAUGGUCAAUGGGCAGAAUGGAAUGAAUGGUCCGAAUGUACAGUGUCUUGCGGCAAGGGUUAUAAAUCUAGAAAUAGGUCAUGCUCCGACCCGCCACCACAAUCUGGUGGAGGAGUUUGUCAUGGUAACGAAACUGAAACAGAUUACUGCAAUACAAACAAUUGUCCAGUAGACGGUAAUUGGUCAUCCUGGGGUGAUUGGCAAGAGUGCAAUACAACAUGCGGUGGUGGAAAUAAAACACGGAAUAGAACAUGCACAGAUCCCAUACCAAAAUAUAAUGGAACAGAUUGCCAUGGAAAUGAUACUGAAGUUGCAAUAUGCAAUGAUAUGUUAUGUCCAAUUGAUGGUAUCUGGUCAAAUUGGAAUGAAUGGUCAGCCUGUAGUUCAUCUUGUGGUGGUGGUUCACAGUCACGGAAUAGAACAUGCAACGAUCCGGAACCACAGUACGGUGGUAUCCAUUGUUCUGGAAAUAAAACUGAAGAGCAGAAUUGUAACGAUGACCCCUGUCCAAUUCAUGGUACCUGGACUGAGUGGUCUGACUGGGGUGACUGUGAUGUAUCAUGUGGAGGUGGAAUUCAAACAAGAUAUAGAAACUGCUCUAAUCCUGAACCUCAGUUUGGAGGCGAGGACUGUUUUGGCAAUGAUACAGAAAUAAGCGUCUGUAAAAGUCGAAACUGUCCAAUUGAUGGAAGUUGGACUACAUGGUCAUCGUGGGACGAAUGUAGUGUGUCAUGUGGAGGCGGGAUAGUCUAUAGAAAUAGAUCAUGUUCAAAUCCAGAUCCAAAGUUUGGCGGAAAAGACUGCAUAGAAAAUGCCACAGACACAAAGUCGUGUAGUGACGAUAAAUGUCCAAUUGAUGGCUAUUGGACAAAUUGGUCAGAAUGGAGUAUUUGUAGCAAGUCAUGUGGAGGAGGUCUUGUGCUUAGAAAUCGAACAUGUUCCAAUCCUGAACCGCUGUUUGGUGGUGACGACUGUAUUGGAAACAAUACCGAGAAUAAUUACUGCAACACUUAUGAAUGCCCAGUCGAUGGUAAUUGGACAGAUUGGUCAGUAUGGAGCACCUGCAGCCACUCUUGUGGAGGAGGUUUUCAAUCUAGAAACAGAACAUGUUCGAACCCAGUACCUCAGUUUGGUGGAAAUGAAUGUCUUGGUAAUGUCACUGAAGAUGAUAUGUGUAAUGUGCACAAUUGUCCAGUGGAUGGCAACUGGACAAAAUGGUCAGAAUGGGACAAUUGUACACAGUCUUGUGGUGGUGGAUUUCGGUCAAGAGUAAGAACCUGUUCGGAUCCUGAACCAAGAUUUGGAGGAGAAAAUUGUUUAGGAAACAGUACUGAAGGUGAUAUUUGUAAUGACCACUUCUGUCCAGUUGAUGGCAAUUAUACAGAUUGGUCCGAAUGGAACAGUUGUAGUGAUACUUGUGGCGGAGGUCUUACUCUCAGAUACAGAAAUUGUUCAAAUCCUGAACCUCAGUUUGGUGGAAUUGACUGUAUUGGAAAUAGAACCGAAAAUGAUUCCUGCAACACACAUUAUUGCCCAGUUGAUGGUAGUUGGGCAGAAUGGUCAGAAUGGGACAAUUGUACCGAUUCAUGUGGCGGCGGCCUCCAAUUUAGAAAAAGAACAUGUUCAGACCCUGAACCACACUUUGGUGGAAUUGAUUGUGUUGGAAAUAGCGUAGACAAUAAUGUUUGCAACGAACAUGAAUGUCCAGUUGACGGUAGUUGGACAGAAUGGUCCGAAUGGAACAAUUGUACUGAUGUAUGUGGUGGAGGACUUAAAUCUAGAAAUCGAACAUGUUCAGAUCCUGAACCUCAGUUUGGUGGAAACGAUUGUAAAGGAAAUAACACAGAGAGUACUUUAUGUAACCAACAUUACUGCCCAGUUGAUGGCAACUGGUCUGAAUGGAGUGAAUGGAAGGAAUGUAGUGUCUCGUGUGGAGGUGGGCUCAAGACAAGAAACAGGACUUGCACACAACCUGAACCCCUAUUCGGUGGCAAAUAUUGCAUAGGAAUUGAUACCAUCAUUUCUGACUGUGCAUACAAUCCUUGUCCGAUCAAUGGAAAUUGGACUGAGUGGUCAUCAUGGAAUAAAUGCAGUGUCACUUGUGGAGGUGGCAUGAAAUUCAGAGAUAGAAACUGUUCAAAUCCGGAACCACAAUAUGGGGGAGAAUUGUGUUUCGGAAAUGAAACAAAUUUGGAAAUAUGUAAUGAAGAACCAUGCCCAAUUGAUGGCAGUUGGUCUGAAUGGAGCGAAUUGGCGGAAUGUAGCGUCACAUGUGGAGGUGGAAUCAAGACAAGAAACAGGACCUGUUCAAAUCCUGAACCCCAAUUUGGUGGCAUUCAAUGUCUAGGAAAUGAUACACUUAUUUCUAACUGUGCAGAGAAUUCUUGCCCAAUCAACGGGAAUUGGACAGAGUGGUCAUCCUCGAAUGAAUGCAGUGUAACUUGUGGAGGUGGCAUGAAAGUCAGAGAACGAAACUGUUCUAAUCCGAUACCGCAAUUUGGUGGAGAAUCGUGUUACGGAAAUUACUCAAAUACUGAACAAUGUAAUGAAGAGCCAUGCCCAAUCAAUGGUAAUUGGACAGAGUGGUCAUCCUGGAAUGAUUGCAGUGUUACUUGUGGUGGUGGCAUGAAAGUCAGGGACAGAAACUGUUCAAAUCCUGUACCGCAAUAUGGUGGAGAAUCGUGUUUAGGAAAUACUACAAAUAAUGAAACAUGUAAUGAAGACCCGUGUCCAAUUGAUGGCAACUGGUCUGAAUGGAACAAUUGGGAGGAAUGCAGCGUCACAUGUGGAGGUGGCAUCAAGACCAGAAACAGGACCUGUUCAAAUCCUGAACCCCAUUUUGGUGGCAAAUAUUGCACGGGAAAUGAUACCUAUACUUCUAAUUGUGCAGAAAAUCCAUGUCCAAUCAAUGGGAAUUGGACAGAGUGGUCAUCAUGGAAUGAAUGCAGUGUAGCUUGUGGUGGUGGCAUGAAAGUCAGAGACAGAAACUGUUCAAAUCCUGUAACGCAAUAUGGUGGAGAAUCGUGUUUAGGAAAUACUACAAAUAUUGAAACAUGUAAUGAAGACCCGUGCCCCAUUGAUGGCAAUUGGUCUGGAUGGAGCGAAUGGGAGGCGUGUAGCAUCACAUGUGGAGGUGGACUUAAGACUAGAAACAGGACAUGUUCAAAUCCUGGACCCCAAUAUAGAGGCAAAUAUUGCACAGGAAAUGAUACCAACAUUUCUAAUUGUGCAGACAAUCCUUGUCCAAUCAAUGGGAAUUGGACAGAGUGGUCUUCCUGGAAUGAUUGCAGUGUUACUUGUGGAGGGGGCAUGAAAGUCAGAGACAGAAACUGUUCAAAUCCUGUACCGCAAUAUGGUGGAGAACCGUGUUUUGGAAAUACUACAAAUAUUGAAACAUGUAAUGAAGAUCCGUGCCCAAUUGAUGGCAACUGGUCUGAAUGGAGUGAAUGGGAGGAAUGUAGCGUAACAUGUGGAGGUGGACUCAAGAAUAGGAACAGGACCUGUUCAAAUCCUGAACCCCAAUUUGGAGGCAAAUAUUGUACAGGAAAUAAUACUUACAUUUCUAAUUGUGCAGAAAAACCCUGUCCAGUCAAUGGUAAUUGGACAGAGUGGUCAUCCUGGAAUGAAUGCAGCGCUUUAUGUGGAGGUGGCAUGCAAGUCAGAGACAGAGAAUGUUCCAAUCCUGUACCGCAAUAUGGUGGAGAUCCAUGUUUCGGAAAUGUCACAAAUAUUGAAACAUGUAAUGAUGACCCAUGUCCAAUUGAUGGCAAUUGGUCUGUAUGGAGUGAAUGGGAAGAAUGUAGCGUAACAUGUGGUGGUGGAGUCAAGACUAGAAACAGGACAUGUUCAAAUCCUAAAUCUCAAUUUGGUGGCAAACAUUGUACAGGAAAUGAUACCCAUAUUUCUAAAUGUUCAGACAAUCCUUGUCCGAUUGAUGGAAAUUGGACAAAGUGGUCAUCUUGGAACGAAUGUAGCGUUUCUUGCGGAGGUGGUUUGAAAGACAGGGAAAGAGCAUGUACAAAUCCCUUACCACAGUAUGGUGGAAAUCCAUGUGUUGGAAAUGCAACAACGUCGGAGACAUGUAAUGAAGACCCAUGCCCAAUCAAUGGACAGUGGUCACAAUGGACUGAGUAUACAAGCUGUAGCCAGACUUGUGGUGGAGGACUGCAAAGUAGAAAUAGAUCAUGCACUGAUCCUGAACCAUUAUAUGGUGGAGACUAUUGUGUUGGAGUAGAAAAUGAAACAAACAGUUGUAAUAAUGAGCCAUGUCCAAUAAAUGGUAAUUGGACGGAAUGGAGUAACUGGAAUUCUUGUCCAGUGUCAUGUGGCGGGGAUCAACACACUAGAAUGCGAGCAUGUACAAACCCAAAGCCUGAGUUCGGUGGUGAUAUUUGUGACGGCAACGAUACUGAAUCACAGUCUUGUAAUUUCCACCAUUGUCCAAUUGAUGGUCAAUGGUCACCCUGGAGUGAGUUGUCAGAUUGCGACCAGUCUUGUGGAGGAGGUAUGCAAUACAAAAAUAGAUCAUGCUCCGUUCCAAAACCAGAAUAUGGUGGAGAGCAAUGCCUGGGGAACGAGAUUGAGUCUAAUGAAUGCAACAAGCAUCCAUGUCCAGUGAAUGGUAAUUGGACCGCUUGGAGUGGUUGGUUAGAUUGUCCUGUUUCUUGCGGAGGGAACACACACACAAGAACUCGAUCAUGUACAAACCCAAAGCCGCAGUAUGGUGGGGAUGAUUGUGAAGGAAAUAACACUGAUACACAGAUUUGUAAUACUCAACAUUGUCCUAUUGAUGGACAGUGGUCAAGCUGGAGUGAUUUCACAUUAUGCAGUGAGACCUGUGGUGGAGGGGAGAAUAGUAGAAACAGAUCAUGUUCAGAACCAGAACCGAAAUAUGGGGGACAACAUUGUCCUGGCGACGAAAACCAAACUGAAAAUUGCAAUACUCAGCCAUGUCCUAUAAAUGGUAAUUGGACUACUUGGAGUGAAUGGUCAAUUUGUCCAGUCUCAUGUGGAGGUGGUCAUCACUCACGAAGCAGAAAAUGCACUAAUCCUGCACCGAUGUAUGGUGGUACCACAUGUGAAGGAGAAAAAACAGAAAACCAGCCUUGUAAUUCACAACAUUGUCCAAUUGAUGGACAAUGGACUUCAUGGGCUGCAUGGUCAGAAUGUUCAGUGAACUGUGGAGGGGGAGAAUCAGCAAGAACAAGAGGUUGCUCAGAUCCAGCUCCGCAGUAUAAUGGAAGCAAAUGUGCAGGGCAAGAUAAAGAAAACAAAGCUUGCAACACAAACAAUUGUCCAGUUGAUGGGCAGUGGUCAGAAUGGACGUCGUGGUCCGGUUGUACUGUUAGUUGUGGAGGUGGUGGAUUUCAGCAAAGAAAACGAACCUGUAGUAAUCCACUUGCGAAAUAUGGUGGAAAAGAUUGUAAUGGAAAUAAUGCUGAGGUCCAAGAUUGUGGCGAUUUAGGAUGUCCAGGACUGCUCUUCCAGCCAACUGAAGAAUUCGAAGGGGUUUCUGCCGUUCUUGCAAAAUGUCGUAUUGAAAAUUUCACAUCAUGGCAGGAGCUAGAAAUUGCUAAAAAUUCGAGGGAAAUGGUAAUUCUGCAAUCUAAGGGAAUUGCAAGCUCCAACCUUGGGCGCACUGUUGAUGUAUCCAGUGAUAUUCAAGACACGUAUGCAGAGAUCCAGCUUAUUUUCAAUAAAUUUAGCUGCAAGGAUGAAGGGACGUAUGUUUGUUCUGUGGACAGGGGAUUUCAUCAGUCAGCUGAUGUAGUAGUUAAAACUCCUCCUAUCGGCAAACCGGAAUUUGAUAUAAAUACUGAAAUCUUUGGGGAGACAAGUGUGCAAUUUUCUUGUACAGGAAAUCCAGGGUAUCCGAAAGGUCAUCUCGAGUUUUGGGUAAAAUUCAGAAAUCAAACAGAGUAUGAAGAGUAUAGGUUUCAUAGUGCAGUAAGAACGGUAACAGAUAAAAAUUGUCGUCGGCAAGAAACCGUCCAAGUAGACUUCCAUUUUCCUAUGAAGUGGAAUGGUGCUAAAAUCCGUUGCCAAGCCCCGGAUUCUGAAGAAUAUACAGAACGGGAAAUCUGGCUGAUAUCAGAAUACUACUGCGAAUCUGUUCCAUUGUUUUCGACGGUUCGCCAUCCCUACACAUGUAAAAAGUACAUGAGAUGUUUAGAAGACAAGGUUGAUGUAAUGGAAUGUCCUGAGGGACUAUGUUAUAGUGAGGACUCACAAGUGUGCGUUUACCAGUGAGAGACUCCACAAUAUUGAACAUACAGUGUUUAUUGACAGAUUGAACCAGCGACUUCAACUGGUGUAGAACAACUUUGAACAGCCACACGAAUCAUAUGCAAAUGACAGAAAAUAUGUGGCCUUCCAAAACAUAUGACAUUGAAAUGAUAUAUACAAUUGGACAUUCCAAAUUUUAUUUUUAAUAAAGGAUUCCUUUUUGUAUUU